AUGCUGCGCUCCCGUCUGCAGCCCCUCCCCCGCCACCUUCAGCGUCCUUUCACAAUUGCUGCAUCGGACUUCGAACACAAUGGUCAAAACGAGGUAGAAGAAACACCCGAAGACUUCUUCGAGUGGUCCUUAGCCAGUCUCUUCCCAGACGAUGCCCCACAGUUCUUCGGCGAUCCAGGCCAGCAUCUUCUCUACUCGUCUCCAAGCUAUGGUGAUCUUGAGAUCGCAGUGCCUUCCUAUCCGACACAGAACAAAUCUGCCACUGAGGCGGCCACAGAACAGAAGACAGGUGCAGAUGAAAAAGUGUCAGUCCAAGAGGGACGGACACUAUUCGCACAUAUCGUCUGGAGCUCGGGCUUGGUCGCUGCAGAGGGCAUCGAGAACGCACAUCUUUACGAGACGAAUCCAACUGCAGUGGGAAGAGAUGCCUACCAGAUUUGGAAUGUCACGGGCCAGAGUGUGUUGGAGCUAGGCGCAGGUAAGUCACAACAUUUGGAGCUCAUCCUACUAUACUCGCUCUACCUUGCUCUACGGAGAAACUCCAAGAUAUCCCACUAUAUGAUACUGAUACUUGCUGCUUCGCCAGGUGCCGGACUUCCCUCCAUCACCAGCGCCCUUGCCAAUGCAUCCGCCGUUGUGGCAACGGACCACCCUCUGUCCCCCGCAUUGGCGGGUACCAUCCAAUUGAAUAUGGACCACAACCUACACAAUCGCUCUCCAAUACCCCCAGCCAAGAUUUCCAUUCAACCACAUGAGUGGGGCGUCUUGGAUGAUACAUUUUCCCAGCAGAACCGAGGUGCCUUUACCCGCAUCAUCGCCGCUGAUUGCUACUGGAUGAGAGCGCAGCACGAGAAUCUCGCCCGCACAAUGCGCUGGUUCCUAGCUCCCGGUGGCCAUGUGUGUGUAGUUGCAGCGUUCCAUACAGGCCGAGCCAUUGUCGCAGACUUCUUCAAAACAGCCCUCGAGAACGGCCUCAGGAUUGAAAGUAUCUUUGAGCGCGAUCUCACGGCACGACAUGAGGAUGGCCGUGAGAUCCGACGUGAAUGGUUGCCUAGGCGGGAUGACGACGGCCCUGAGACUCGUGCAAAGUGGUGUGCUAUUUGCGUAUUGAAGCGGGAGGAGGAGUAA